AUGGAGGGGAAGUGGAAGGGAGGGAGGGAGACCUCGAAGCUUCUGAAGGCGCGGGCAACAUCCGGGAACCUAAGGCGUCGAGUGGCGGCGCUCUUGCGACUCAGCUUGUUAGGGCCCUCAGCCAUGCUGAAGUGCGGGAUGAGCGGCAGCCAGGUGAAAGUCUUUGGGAAAGCAAUCCAAGCUCUAUCAAGAAUUAGUGACGAGCUGUGGCUAGACCCAUCUGAAAAAGGUCUUGCUUUAAGGUCUGUGAAUUCUUGUCGCUCAGCAUACGGAUGUGUCCUCUUCUCUCCUGUGUUUUUCCAACAUUAUCAAUGGUCAACCUCAGUAGAUAUGAAAAAUGGCACAAAAUCAAAUUUAAAUUGCAAAUUGGGAAUUAAGUCACUUCUGCCCAUCUUUAGAUGUCUGAAUUCCCUCGAAAGAAAUGUAGAGGUGUGCAAAAUAUUCACCAGAUCUGAUAAGUGCAAAGUAGUCAUUCAAUUAUUCUGCAGACAUGGUAUUAAAAAGACUCACAAUGUGUGUUUUCAAGAAAGUCAGCCUUUGCAAGUUAUUUUUGAAAAGAAUACGUGUAGUAAUACACUAAUGAUUCAGCCAAGAGUGCUUGCUGAGGCAAUUGUUCUUUUCACAUCAAGUCAAGAGGAAGUUACUCUUGCAGUUACUCCACUGGAAGUUUGCAUUAAGAGUUCUACUGAGGAAUCAAUGGAUUUGAACAGUUCUGUAUACAGUGAAAUGUUUGUGGGUCCACAUGAGUUUGAGUUCUUUCAAAUUGGAGUUGACACUGAAAUAACAUUUUGCUGCAAAGAAUUGAAGGGAAUGCUGUUAUUUUCGGAAGCUACACAUGCUCCUAUAACCAUGCAUUUUGAUUUUCCUGGAAAACCUAUGUCUUUAAGUAUUGACCAUAUGUUAUUGGAAGCUAACUUUGUUUUGGCUACAUUAGCUGAUGAGCCAAGUAGAGCAUCUUCUCCGCAAUCACUGUGUCUGUCACAAAAACGAAAAAGGUCAGAUCUGCCAUGUUCAAAUUCAAAGGUUGGUAAAAAAGAUAGCAAGGCCAUGGAGUCUAUCUCAAGCAAAGUAGCACCCAGGAAACUUUAUGCUGAUGAGAUUCUCUCAAACAUCUCUGCGUUGGAAAACUCUGGCAGUCCUAUAAUGAAAAGAGUGAAUAGUGACACAGAGGAAGAGCCAGGGUCUCCAUCUCUCAGGAAGUGUAAGGCAAAAAAGAAUUUAAUGGAAGUGAUGCCAAAAAGUUAUUUCUGUAUAUCUGACAUAGAGCACUUACCUCCACUGUCAAAAAAGCCUGGAUUUGGAGUGGAAUGAGGUGGAAAAUGAGCGUCUCUGUUCUUUGCCCCUUUAAGAAUAAUCUUGUUACCUGCACAGACUAAAAUAUCUGGCACAAAAGCAUUCUUAUGUAAUAUCUGAUGAUGUAAGCCUCUCCCUCCCCCAAACCUGUUUAAAAGUCAAUUAUAACCUGACAAACUAGACUUCUGUAACAUCUUAUUGUUAAGUCUUUGUGAAACCACCAAAUCCCAAAGAAAUGUUAACUGGUAUGCAAUUGUACUUCAGAUUUUGUGAGGAAUUCAUAAACAAAGGUGGCUGAGUGGAUCAGUCAACUUUAGAACUGUGAACAGACUUCUAACUAAAACCAGAAUGAAUUUGGCUCUUGUAGCUCAGAAAUGAGUCAGAGCUACCCACAAUAACCUAAUAAAAACCCAGGUUCAUCCAAAAUGUUCCUCAGUGAAUGAAAAUGGGCUUUUUGUGGAAACUGACAAUACCCACAUA